AUCCCGUCUCUGUAGCAGACUUUUGAGUGUGUCCACACUGAUCAUCGAGGAUGACCGGGAUUAUUCUGUUUCUCUUCUUUCUAGGGUUUCCUCUUGACAAGACAGAGGAGCAUGCUGUCAAUGAGCUGUACACUCUGAUAGAAAAGGGUCAAACCAGCUUUGGUGAUCCGGCUCCAAACAACCAGAGCUGGGUGGUGGUCAAAGAGCCCUCCCUGCCCAUCAAUGAGCUUCUAGAGAAGAGCAGCAAGACCGGCGAGUCCAAGUUCACCCUGCAUCCUCUACCCUCUGCCGUCUGGCCGAAGCACAGUGACCUGGUCCCCAUCCAUCGCCACCAUGGCCCCCACAACAAGAGCAAAAAGGCCCCCAAGAGCGACCGUCUGGUGGAGCACAACAGCGAGAAAGCCCGAGGAGAAGUUGCUGGACUGCUCCCCAAAACCCCGCUGAGUGGAGCCACAGCCGCCGUCACCAACCGCACUGUGCAGAAAACCCAUCAGGAGACCCAGUCCAACAUCAGUCCUCCUCAGCAGGGGGAACCAGAUGGACACCCCAACUCCAGAUCCAGGGGUCCACCCCUCACACAGCCUCAGACUCAGCCGCACCACCCGGCCCCUUCACCGCGCAGAGAUCCCCCCAACCGACGACUGGACCAAGAGGAGAACCGGCCAGGAAAGUCCAGUCUCUAUCAGUCUGGUAUCGGCGCAGCGACCCGGAACAACAGCCGCCCGCCAGUCGUCUUCAACCGGCGCUCCUCCAGCCUGCUUUACCAGUUUGACAUCCUGAGACGAGAGUCCGACUUCACGCAUGAUGCCUUCUGCAUGAGCGAGUGCAGGAAGGAGAAGGAGGAGAGAGAGUAUUACUGCUACAGUGAGUUUGCCGUCAACGGGAUCGUUCACGACAUCGAUGUGUUGCGUAAAGGAAUACGCCUCAUUACACUGAUGGUGAGCAGUGACGGCUUCUACAAGAUGAGUCGUCUCUAUGUGACCCCAGACAGCUUUUUCUUGAAAGUUCGCCUUCUGGUCCUGGACACCUACAAGUGCAGCAAGCCCUGCCCUGACAUCAAGCUCGGGACCAGAUACAUCAUGAUGGGCCAGAUCUACCACCGGAGGCGCCACUUUCCCAGUGACCUCCUGAACCUACUCGGGGGCAAACUGAAGCCCGGGGACGGCCUCCUGCGAAGCAACAACUACGUCAAGAGGUUCAACAAGCGGAGGCACCAGAAGGCCCUGGAGGCCACCCGCUCCAGGUGUAGGUGAACCAAAGAUAAGACUGUCGCCCCCUGCUGCAGGGGAAGAGACAUUGCAGCUCACCUGAAGCGAUCAUAACCAACCAAUCAGUAUUGUGCAAGACGGAAGACAUUUUGCAGAAGGCAUGGAUUUAUUUUCACAUGGACUGCUAUGACGUAUCCAAACCCGUGUUCAUUUUUUUUUUUACUCCUCUGUAAAGUUCCUGAAGCACGGACUUGUGGUCUCUUUGAUAUAAAACACGAGCAGCUUCAAUUAAAUGGAUUUCGCACCAUCAUUUUGUAACGUUAGGGGCAUCACACAAGGGUGUCAUCAUUUCCUCAAAAUAGCAGCUCCACAUUCAUUCAUGGCUGGUUCAUGAAGUCCCUACAAUGAAAAGGUAUAAAAUUGUCUCACUUUUAAAGGGAAUUUGGCUCAUCUGAAGAACAUGAAGCCAGAAAAUGAGUUUAUAGAAUGGGUAUUAUUUUGUCAUAUUGCAUCAGCAGUCGCAUGGGUGUGUUUCUGUUUUAUCCAUGUGCGCGUAGCAAGCCAAUGUUUAUUUUCCGCUGAGUCAGAUCCAGCCUCUGUAUUCAAUCCAAGCACACAUUUGAACACAUGCAUACAGAUAAGAUCAUUGGUUUAUUGUUGUUUUUCUUGCUGGGGCAGUAGCAUCUUAAAGCAUGCUCCCAUAUUUAACAAUUGAGUUUGAGAAAACAACACUUCAACAGGACACUGAAGAGAAACUUGUUUUCCAUACAAACACAUAUUGUCAGUUGCAUCGUACAUUUUAUGCAGGAACCUUGGAUCUCAUUGUACAAAUCCCACAUUUCAGUCCUGUUGAUUCCUUUGAUUAAAUAAUGCUUCUAAAUUGAUGUGAAUGAAAAAUGUUGUAUAGCACCCAAUACUUUUGUUUUGUAACUCUCGACCCCGUGCAUGUUGUCACUGUGGUUGUUAUUGGUGAGCAGGAAAUGCACUAUUGUUGUUUCAAGGACCAAAGGGAGGGAAUGAAGGGCCUGAAAAAGCAGCGACAAACCCCAGUGGAGGAUGAGGAGGGAGAGACAGCACACUGGACCUUUGCUUGUUAUGAGAACGGCUUAUUUUUCUAACUUUAAUUAUGUUUUCCACGAUAAAAUAUCUGCUCGAGUAGACUGGGACAUCAAAAGGGGCCCUGGUGAAUGAGGAGGAGGGGGGGGGGGGGGGUGUUCUAGGGACUAAGCCAUAAGUCUAAUCGCAGGAAUCUGAUCCUCUCCGCACCUGGACACAUGACUUGGAGAAGUGCCUCCGUCACAGCUCCUCUUUGGGAUGGCUCUUGUGUUCUUGCUUACACACAAACACGUCCUCCUCUGGGAGGGCCAAAGCUCAGAAAGGGGUAUUUAAAGUAUUUAGGCAGGAUGAGAGAAAGAGAGAGACGUGGGCAAGGUGGAGGAGACAUAAAUAUGGUUAUGUAAGAUGACACAGGGAGGGGAUUUAGGCAGGAGAGGGCAUGUUGGGUCUGUCUUUCUAAAGGGAUAGCUUCUUAUUUAAUCAGAGAUCUCUGGCUUGAUCGUCGUUCGACCCUGAGCUCAUGAAAGGGAAAACUUGCACUGAACGCUUACCUUGCUUACCCAUACAUGAACCCAAUAAAAACGUGUAUUUGUUUUGUA